CUAUCCUUCCUACAAGUACAAGGGCAGGGCAACUGUGCUUCCGAUCAAAUUUCUAUCCUUCACAGAUUGAUUUCAGCACUCCUUCCUGCAGCUCACUUUCUGGCUCUGCUAAUUUUCGAGUAUCAAAUUAGUAUAUCUCGGGUCACUCUAAGUUAAAGUACCAUCAUGAAUCUUAAUGAUCUUAACAAGGUCUGGGAAAUUAAGCCACUCAACAAUCUUCAAAGAGUAGCUAAGCAGGUGCAGCCGAUAAUGCGCAAAAGAAAAUGGAAAGUCGAGGUUCUUUCUGAAUUCUGUCCUGCCAAUCCAUCACUUUUAGGGCUAAAUAUUGGAGGGGGUGCAGAAGUAAGGCUAAGAUUACGGAGGCCCAAUCGUGAGUGGGAUUUCUUCCCAUAUGAGCAGAUUCUUGAUACUAUGUUGCACGAGCUUUGCCAUAAUGAACACGGUCCCCACAAUGCUCAGUUUUAUAAUCUGUUGGAUGAAAUCAGGAAGGAAUGUGAAGAACUGAUGGCCAAAGGGAUCAGCGGCACUGGACAAGGAUUUGACCUUUCUGGGAGACGUUUGGGUGGGUUGUCCAAGCAACCACCUUUGUCGUCUCUUCGCCAGGCUGCAUUGGCAGCUGCUGAAAGCAGAGCAGGACAUAAAGCUUUGCUGCCUUCUGGACCUCAGUGUUUGGGUGGUGAUACCUAUAUUAAGUCUGCUCUGAGUCCAAUGCAAGCAGCUGCCAUGGCUGCUGAAAGGAGACUGCAUGAUGACAUGUGGUGUGGGUCAAAGUCUGCAGGGGGUGACACUUACAUACAGGAGAAUACAAGCUCUAGUGAGUCCUCUAAGAGAUCUAUUCAAACUUCAGGUAUUCAACCUGUAAUGGCCAAGGAAACAAUUAUGGGAGAAAAAUGGCAGUGCAAAGCUUGCACUUUGUUAAAUAAGCCAUUUGCAUUGCUCUGCGAAGCCUGUGGAACAGAGAAGCAGAAAGAUGUUUCCAAGUUCAAAGUUUGGUGUUGCAAAUUUUGUACUCUAGAAAACAGUUUUGAGCUAGAUAGAUGCUUAGCUUGUGGAGAAUGGAGAUAUUCACAUGGCCCACCCAUCUCCAAUGGUGGGCCUUAUGUUGGCACCUAACUGGAAAUUUAAUGAAUCUAU